AUGGAGUUAAGACGUAUUGGAUCGGCCGCAUUUCGGUCGAGCACAAGAGAUGCACCACUCGCCCAACUAUUACAGUCUAGUAGGCAGAAUGUAAUUAGGACUCCCAUAGCUCAUCGGGCACUUUCUACAACUUCACGAGCAUACGCAUCAGAUUCAGAACCCACUACCCGAGCGCCUUUUACUCCAGGAACAUCUACAUCCUCGCCUUCACCUUCAAUCCGAGAAGCUUCUAAUGGCUCAACCACAUCCCCGCCCACUCCAAAAGAAGAUACCCUCGAAUCGCUAGGCACGCAAUCUAUCAGCCAGACCCUUAGUUGGAUAAAACCAGAGCACCGUAACGCUCCUUCGCACUUCAAAUCUUCCUCUGCCCAAUUAGAGAAGCGAACCAACACUCCUAGAACCUAUCAAUCGCCCGAAUUAAAAUCCUCCAGUCUUCUCAGCCGAUUGAGUAAUCCCACCAUUUCUAAUCCCUCGAGCAACUUGGCACGCUCCCCUGGAAUGUCUACACAAUUUGCAGGAAUGCAAGUUCCCAAUAAGAAGACUGGGGUGACAGGAAGUCAUGAGGAUUUCAUGCAUGAAGUUGCCUCAAUGGUAAACCCAAUUCAACCUCCUCGAACUGAAAUGCGUCUCUCGCCCCGAACUGGUCGAACGGUGGAUAUAAAGUCUAAUAUAGAUUUAUCGCGGGGUAUCCGAAUGUUGGAGGCCUCGUGUGCAUUGAACAAAGUACGCCAUGACCAAACACACCAGAGGUUUCACGAAAGAGGUGGUAUGAAAAGGAAGAGACUACGUCGACAAAGGUGGAGAAACAACUUUAUGGAGGGGUUCAAGGGCAUUGUGGGCAGAGUGAAGCAGUUAAAGAAUCAAGGGUGGUAA